CGAAGCUCCGAAGACGGUUAGCGCGUUCCGCUGCCUGCUUAUCUGUUUGAUAAGUGAUUUUCGACGUCGGCGAGAAGAUCGCAACAACAACGAAGACUGUGUGUGUUCGAGCAGCUCAUGCUGGACCGCUCGUUGUGGCCAUGAAGUGUCUUCUAACACGCGCACCGUACUCGUCAUGGCGUCUCGGAGUGUUCAAAAAGCUGUUCGAUGUCCCUCACCCCGCCUCGUACGCGUCAGCCGUUUCCAAGCCGCAAGAUGCGUCGAAAGAGCUGUCUGAAGGGCCCAAGGAGGCUGUUCUACGACCUUCGGAACUACUUCCUCAGUCUCCUGUGAUAACCCAUCCGCGGCCUGGGCCGCACAAAAAACGGAAGAGACCCCCGACCGUCGGGGAACUUGAAGAGCUUCGCAACAACGCUUGGGCAGUGGCUCUGGCAUCGCCGGUUCGAAUGUGCAAUGUCACCGAGCAGCGGAUUCCGAAAGUCAUGCUCGAUGAUUACCAUCUAGUCCAACAGCCUGGCUCUGAGAAGCUGUGGAUUCUACCCUCGAUCGCGUUCAAAGAUGAGCUAAGACGAGCAAGGAAGCAGAGCAACUCAGGGGUGAAAGAGGGGAAACAGGGGGAGUCGCAGGGUUCUCUGGGCACUUUGGAUCUGUCGAUUCGAAUUUCCCAACGCCUGUCAGUCCUGAAAGUAACAACUGAACAACUUUGCGAAGCAGCCGCGGGUAGACGGGCUAAGGUAACCCGAAUAAUACCUUCUCGAUGGAAGCGCUGGAUCUUCGGCCCUGGCCGGAAACCUGACAGCAUCGUUUGGCGGGAGGAUAUGCCGGACUUUGUUCUCCAGCAGAAGAGGAAGGAGGUGGUCAAGAAAAUGAAGCGAGUCUGCGCGAGUCACAAGCCGCUGGACCCUCAGGAUGGCGCGUGGAGGGUCAUCGCUACGCAUACCCUGUCAGAGGCCGUGCUGGUCGAUGGACUAGCCAAGAUAGAAGGCCUGGAGCGUAUGGAAGAUGGUGCCGUUCUAGUUAUGGGCAGCUGUUACAAUACCGGUCAGAGCGAAUACCCCGAUCUCGUCCCAUUGCCACAGCGUCAGUCUAAAGUGCCACUGUUUGAUCUACGAACCCUGCUCUCAAAGGCUGAACUCGAUGACCUCAAGGGGUUCCGACCUCUUUUUGAGAACGAUGUGUUUUUUUUCAAACCAGGUGAUCGGGCUGGAGUGGAACUGCUGCUGGCUCUAUGGUCUUUGAAGACCUAUGUCACCGAAUAGCGAGGAAGGGAAAUUUAAUAUAACUUAUUGGUCUAAUAGGUAUCAUGGAAUCUAUUAAAUCAAA